AUCUGGAGACAGAACCCCUGAAAAGGAGCCAGCUGGGAACUGAGCUUGCCGGAUACAGAUUGCAUAAGCUUCCGCUGUGUGAUUGUUCAGCUUCAGGCUGUUGUGAUAUUCUGCAGACUGCACUGUACACUCAGGAGAGAAUGAAAGUGAAAAAGGCAGGGAUUGCCCUUGGUGCCAGGUCCCUGCAGAACAUGAGUUCUUGAGACUGAGGAGGCAGAGAAGGUCAUUCUAGGGAAUGGGAACAGCGUGCAAGGAACCAUGUGACCGGAGGAAACUCGGGACGUCCCAGCAGACAAGGUGCCCGGGAUGGCAUGGGGUCGCAGCCAGAAGUGUCCACUGCCCCUCAUCCGGGGGCCGCUGCUCGGGGCCGGGACCCUGUCCGGGGGCGAUGCACACAAGGCGCUCAGUAAGAGAACUGCUGUUGAGUAUCUUGGCAGCCAGAGGAACUCAGGCCGGUAGACCGACAGUUCUCUACAACCCAUAACUCGGCAGUCCUCCAAGACCAUAGAGAACUGCGCGGGCCAGCCCCUCUCGAUGCUCUACUCCUCUGGGGAACGGUGGGGGCGGACUCGAGGGCUAGAGAGGCCGGAAGUGUGGUUAGCCUGGGGCCUCGCUGGCUGCGCGGACGGUAGGACGCCUCGCUCCCUCUCCAGUGUUUCUCCCGGGGUGUUGGCUGGUGCUCGGAGACCCCAGAAGAACCUUGGGAUGGACGCAGAGAGAGUGCGGCAGCCCGCUGGGCCACCCUCAAGAAAGAAAUUCCACAUACCAUUGGACGAAGAUGAGGUCCCUCCUCCCGGGGCAAAACCCUUAUUCAAAUCCACACGGAGCCUUCCUACCAGGGAGACCUGCCCUCAGACAGUGCCUCAGACCUACGCUGAGUAUGCCAUCUCGGGACCUCCAGGAGGGGCUGGAGCCAUGCAUCAGUCCGGCCGAGAACCCGUGGCAGGAGAGACCCCUCACCAAGCCCCCAAACCGGGGGCAAAAUCCAACAGCAUCAUUGUGAGCCCCCGGCAGAGGGGCAAUCCUGUGCUGAAGUUUGUGCGCAACGUGCCCUGGGAAUUUGGUGACGUUCUCCCCGACUAUGUGCUGGGCCAGAGCACCUGUGCGCUCUUCCUCAGCCUCCGCUACCACAACCUCCACCCAGAUUACAUCCAUGAGCGGCUGCAGAGCCUGGGGAAGAGCUUCGCCCUGCGGGUCCUGCUCGUCCAGGUGGACGUGAAAGAUCCUCAGCAGGCCCUCAAGGAGCUGGCCAAGAUGUGCAUCCUGGCUGACUGCACCCUAGUCCUUGCCUGGAGCCCCGAGGAGGCCGGGAGAUACCUGGAGACCUACAAGGCCUACGAGCAGAAGCCAGCAGACCUGCUGAUGGAGAAGCUGGAGCAGGACUUUGUGUCCCGGGUGACUGAAUGUUUGACCACCGUGAAGUCUGUCAACAAAACAGACAGUCAGACCCUCCUGGCUACUUUUGGGUCUCUGGAACAGCUUAUAGCUGCGUCGCGAGAAGAUCUGGCCUUGUGCCCGGGCCUGGGGCCCCAGAAGGCCCGGAGGCUAUUUGAUGUCCUACACGAGCCCUUCUUGAAGGUGCCCCAAUGACCCCAACUGGAAGGAAAGCCUGCAGUGUGUUAAUAAAGCAUUUUUCUAGUCCAGA